AAUUAUACUGUAUAUGAUAUCAAUAAUCAUAAAUUAAAGAUAAAAUGAAGCAAAAACAUCUCUACCCUGUUCGACAAGUCUUCUUCCAUUUUGUCUUGCAAUAUUUCCUUUUGGGCAGGAAUUUUAUCCUGCAAGAAACAAGAAAGAAAAGAUGGAUAUACAAAGGUGCAAAAAAUUCAAACCUUUGAAGUUUGCCAAGCCUUCCCUAAUUCUUCCUGCGAGGUUCCUUUCCUUAUGCCCUUCAUUUUUGAAAAUUCAUGAAAAAUGAAAGGUUUAGAAUUAAUUUCCAGUCUUGGGUGAUAUGGUUUAUUUUGGAUAUAUUGUUAAUUACCUCAAUCACUUGGACCCAUUUGAUAGUUUUUUGGGCAUUUUUAUUGGAUUAUAUUAGUGCUCAGUGUGGUGCAAAGUUAGCUAAAUAUGGGACUCUUGUUGUUUUCGAUUUUGGUUUCACUCAGUUAAAUGUUGGGUUUGAUCAUGAAGUUGGCUGCCAAUGCCAUAUUGAAGAGUUUGGUGCUAUGGUGCUGGUUGUAAUUGGGUUUUAUUUCAUAUUUAGCUUUCUAUCAACAAAUACCAAAAAGAUGG